AUGAGUGAGCCAUAUCCUCCCCGUCCUUCACCUUCCGGUGGAAAACGUCACUAUACGAGUGAUUUGCAGGAUUCCCUUCCUUCAUCUUCCGCCGCAAGACAUCACUCUCCCACCUGGCAACAAAUAGCCAUGAGUGAGCCAUAUCCUCCCCGCCCUACACUUUACUGUACACAACGUCGCCAUGCGAAUGAUUUGCAGGAAUCCCUUCCUUCAUUGUCCGCCGCAAUAUAUCACUCUCCUACCUCGCAACACACAACCACGAGUGAACCAUAUCCUCCCCGUCCUUCACCUUCCGGUACACAACGUUGCCAUCCGGGUGAUUUGCAGGAUCCCCUUCCUUCAUUGUCCGCCGCAAUAUAUCCCUCUCCUACCUCGCAACACACAGCCAUGAAUGGGCCACAUCAUCACCGUCCAAUCAUGGAGCAUCCGUAUCCUGCAUCAACACAAAAUCAUCACAGCUCAACAGGCUACGCAUCCAAUAACUACCCGCAACACUAUCCUACCCUUUCAAACAAUGGACCGCCAUCUUUCCAACCCCCAAUGGCGCCUCAAGACAGCAGAUAUCCUACCCAUUCAAACAAUGGUCCGCCAUCUUUCGAACGCCCAAUGGCGCCUCAAGAUAGCAGAUACUCACAGCCAGGCUACAAUGCGACUUUCUCAGACUUCCCUCAUCACGACAACAGAACUCCUCUGUUAGGGCCAUAUUUCCCGGCCUCUGCGCCGUCGUUUGCAGCGCCCCCUUUGCAGCGGAAACAUUCGACUGGCAAGCAAACUGCUACUAGAAUGAGAACCGCAAUCGCAUGCAUGUAUUGUCGAAGACGCAAGAUUCGUUGCACGGGUUUCAACGCGGACGGGUCCCGAGGCCAAUGUGUGAAUUGCAUACGCUUCGAACAGGAAUGCAUUUUCACCCCUGUGUCUUCACAACAGGCAUUUGUUCCUGUCCAGGCCAUGUAUGCAGCAAAUGGUGGAACAGAUCUCUCACCACAUGUACAGCUAUUCGGUGCUCAUGGUCAACCUCUCCCAAUGACGACGUCUCCCCCAUCAACCCAAUCGUAUCGCCCACGUCCCCAAUCGUAUCGUUCACCUCCACAAUCAACCUUCGAGCCACAGAUACCAUACCAUAAAUUUCCACCAGCGCCAGGAUUUUAUCAUCCGUCUCGUGGCUCUUCCUCAUCUGUGUCACCUACACAGCCGGCAUCCCAGCAGCAAUUGCCUCAUCAUCAGCACCAGCAAAUGAGCGCGUUACCUCGUCCAAAUCAUAUUCCUCCCUUGUCGUAUCAACAGUACCCGCAAACGAGCCCGUUACCUCAUCUACCUCACACUCGUUCCUUUCCAGUUCAUCAUCAGUACCCGUUACCUCCUCGAUCCGAUAUCCCUUCUUUGCCUUCUUUGUCCAGAACAUCAUCUCAGCCUGGCCAACGAGAAGCAUCAUCGGGCUCAGGGUCCCCAUCGAUGCGAUCAUCGCAUUGGGAUGUGGUUAUUGGAUGA